UUGGACAAUAAAACUAGCCAUUGGAAACAAGCCGACUUGGGUGGGAAAAGACAGUAGAUUCAGUUUUUCUGUCACAACAGUUAUAUAUUUUAUAUAUUUGUUGUUUUUUUAAAGCUUGAUUAAUGGAAGCGAUAUUUCACGCUCCAAAACGGAGGCCAAAGGUUUAUGAAGCUUUUGAAGCACCACUUCCGGUUCAGUUCAGCAAAGCUUGUCCAUCAGAAGAGCAGAUACAAAUAUAUCAAGCUGAACUCAUACAUCAGCAUGUAAUAGUCAGAGCAAGUGAGCAUAUUCAAGCUCUAUAUGGAAAGGGUUAUUUUGGUAAAGGAGUUCUGUCCAAAAGCAGACCGCAGCACAGUAUUUCUGAACGGUGGGAAUAUGUAGGUGACCGAUGUUUACCCGUCAUUCCCUUGGCAAAAUACGAGCAGCAUGUGAGAUGGGCCCGCUCUGCUCUCCUGGCUCAGGGAUUGGAUGAAGAAGCUGUCAGUCAGGUGCUGAAGGAGCUGACUCAUCCUAUUGAGCUGGAUCUAGAAAAAGAACAUGGUGAAGACUUUCAGGAACAUCAGGAGGCUGGACCGUGUCAGACCCCAUCUUCAGAUCAGGACCAGUCGAUGGAGGAUGCAGCAGCUACAAAAAGUGAAGAGGGAGAGGGCUCGGGAUCCUCCGAGGUGAACAGACCUCGUAGACAAGGGGACCCCUGCUAUGAUCCUCUAGCUGAACUAUAUCCUGAAGAACCUGAACAAGUCGACCCAAACGUACUCGCCAAGAUCAAAUGCAAACGGCAUGAUGACUGGAUCGUUCAUUGUGGCUGUCGAAUAGAUGCGAGUGAAAUGAUGAGUGGUGGAUCAGUGUCACACAUGCAGGGCUGUGAUCUGUCUGUAGCUCAUGGUUAUGUUUUGGUGGAGGAGUCUGAAGAUGAUGAUGAAGAUGAGGACAGCAAAAGAAGUAGAAAAGGCAAGCUGGUGUGCAGAAUCAAUCCAUUUAACAUGAUGGAGUACCUACAGCUCAGUUAUGAAGAGGCUUUCUUCCUAGUUUAUGCCCUUGGAUGCUUGUCAGUUUUCCGUGAUGGGGAAGCCUUGUCAAUCCUUCAGCUUUGGAGACUGUUUCGUUCGUUGCAGCCCAACUUCGAGAUAACUUACGCAGCCUAUCACUACUUCCGCAGUAAAGGAUGGGUCCCCAAGUCAGGCAUUAAAUACGGCACUGAUUUAAUGCUGUAUCGGAAAGGACCACCAUUUUAUCAUGCAAGCUACUCCGUGGUGGUGGAGAGAGUAGACGAGUCAUUGCAAGGUGCUGCUCUGAGACCAUUUACCUGGAGAUCUUUAGCUGCUCUCAGCCGAACCACUGCUAACGUCUCGAAAGAGCUGAUGAUUUCCUAUGUUGUCGUGCCGUCGAAUAUGACUGAGGAGGACAUUUCCUCACCAGAGUGCCUGAGAAGGCUCAAAGUUCAGGAAAUUAUUGUGAGCAGAUGGGUAUCAUCCAAAGAACGAACAGAACAGGAAGAAAUCUAGAAAUUAUUCUGCUCUUGAAUACCAUUAAAUCUGAAUAAAAGUUCUUUGCACUUUCUCAAA